GCGCCCGGAUUCCGGAACCCUCCCAAGCCCUCUGCUCCCUUUCUCCCGAUUCCCUGGAGAUCUCGCAGCCACCAGCCAGGAUCCCACCGCCCGCCAUGCCGCCUCCCGCCGCCACGUACAUGGUGUACGAGACGCGCCGCCGCGACCCGGACCCCCGCAGGGCCGCGCUGCUCGUCAUCGACGUGCAGGGCCACUUCGCGUCGCUGGCGGCUCCGAUCAUGCCCGCGAUCGCCUCCACCGUCUCGCUCUGCCGCGCCGCGGGCAUGCCCGUCGUGUACACGCGCCACGUGGACCCGGUCCCGCGCCGCCGCCCGCUCGGCGAGUGGUGGCCCAGCGACCGCAUCGACGCCGGCACGCCCGCGGCGGAGCUGCUCCCGGGCGCCGGGCGCGCCGAGGGGGACCUCGUGGUGGAGAAGGGCACGUACAGCGCCUUCGCCGGCACGGGGCUGGAGGAGGCGCUGCGGCGGGCGGGCGCCGAGGAGGUGGUGGUGGCGGGCGUGAUGACCAACCUGUGCUGCGAGACCACCGCGCGGGACGCGUUCGUGAGGGGGUUCCGGGUGUUCUUCUCCGCCGACGCCACCGCCACGGCCACCCGGGACCUGCACGAGGCCACGCUCGCCAACAUGGCCUUCGGCGUCGCCUACAUCGUCGACUGCCAGCGGCUCGAGGCGGCGCUCGGGAAGCCGGCCAGGUCUUGGUUGGAUCGGCGCCCAUGAUGUAAAUACAUAUAGCUUGUGUAUGUAAAAAAAUCAUAGUGGCGACCGAUUAUGUUACGUGUUUUCCUUCUUGCUGCAAAUCCGAUUGUGCAGUGUUUGAUAUUUAUACCUGCUUGUUCAGAUCUCUGA